CAUGUUUGGAGAGGACCCCUCUCUCCUUCUAUAUAUAUACCAACUCCAAACUAUCAUGUCUCUCAUCUCAAGCCUCUCUUUGCCACUUUUCUCCAUUGAACUCUACUUCUAUCACAAAACUGUUCCUUGUUCAAACCUUUCAAAUUGAAACCACCCUUUCCUUCUUAACACUUAUAUUCCCUGCUCUGCUUUGCUCUGCCUUGCUUUGCCCUGCCUUUUUUUUCUACAAACACUACAGAGUACAAAUUAAAGCUCUGUCCUAAAACUUUCAAUAUCUCUUCUUCCUGUUUUCCACUUUCACUAUGCCUUCAAGACUCACUGAUGCCUUUAGAGCUCACCCUGUCCAUCUCCAUCACAAGCUUCUUGAUUUUAACUCUCUCCAAGAACUACCUGACUCCUACAAAUGGACUCAAUUUGACGACCAUUUUCAUUGCUCGUCCACCGGUGACUCUUUCAUGGCUGAAUCCAUUCCGGUUAUCGAUCUUUCUGACCCCAAUGCCCUUAAAAUGAUAGGCCAUGCAUGCAAAACUUGGGGGGUGUUUCAAGUCACAAACCACGGUGUUCCUUCUAGUCUUAUUGAUAACACUGAGAAAGUUAGUCAGAGCCUUUUCUGUUUACCUAUUCAGCAAAAGCUGAAAGCUGCUAGAUCACCGGAAGGCGUUUCUGGCUACGGUAUAGCCAGAAUUUCUUCGUUCUUUUCAAAGCUUAUGUGGUCGGAGGGAUUCACCGCACUUGGAUCUCCAGUUGAGCAUUUUCGCCAACUUUGGCCUCAAGAUUACUUGAAAUUCUGUGAUGUAAUAGAAGAAUACCAGAAGGAAAUGCAAAAACUGGCUGCAAGGUUGAUGUGGUUAACGUUGGGCUCACUCGGCAUAACCACAGAAGAUGUCAAAUGGGCUGGCCCAAAAGGCGACUUUAAAGGGGCUUCUGGUGCUUUACAAUUCAAUUACUAUCCAGCUUGCCCAGACCCAGAUCAAGCCAUGGGUCUUGCAGCACAUACAGACUCAACUCUACUCACCAUCCUCUACCAGAACAACACCAGUGGGUUGCAGGUUCUAAGAGAAGGAAUCGGGUGGGUCACCGUUCCUCCAAUUCCCGGUGGACUGGUAAUCAACAUAGGUGACCUUCUUCACAUAUUAUCAAAUGGGUUAUAUCCGAGUGUACUCCAUCGGGCGGUGGUUAAUCGCACCAAACAUCGGCUGUCCAUGGCUUAUCUAUAUGGCCCACCGUCAAGUGUUAAAAUAUCACCCUUAUCAAAACUUGUAGGCCCAAAUCAACCACCGCUGUACCGGCCAGUGACUUGGAAUGAGUACCUUGGCACUAAAGCCAAGCACUUCAACAAAGCACUGUCCUCGGUUAGGGUAUGUGCUCCUUUUAAUGGAUUAGUUGAUGUAAAUGACCAUAACAAUAGAGUAAAAGUAGGGUAAGGGUUAAUUAAUAAUUAAUCUCUUGUUAUGUUUCUUCUUGUUUAUUUAAUUUCACUUCAGAAAAUUUUGAUGGGUAAUUUGCAAAUGUUGAGGAGAC